AUGUCUCACCAUUCAUUCGGUUCUGGAAAUAGCCUGUACAGAUUGGACAGUGUUUUCAAUGAGCGGGCGGGACCGAGGAUGCCAGGAACACAGAGUGAACGACGAUAUCGUCACCCUGUUGUUCCUAUUUCAUCAAUAGAUGCUCCACACUAUGCUCAAGCAUCACAACUAUAUCCAAUGAAAAGUUCUUCGGAGCGUGAUAAUGUAUACUGGUACAAACCCGGGACUCUUGGGCGAUCAUCGCAGGGGAGUAGCUCAAGCACUAUUGGUCAGUCGAUUGUAAUACCAGUUGUUCAUUUAGGUGCCUCUAGAGGAUCCAUUUCAUCAAGUUCAUACACUAUGGCUUCUCAUUCUUCUGAAAAUCUAGAUAACACACCAAAUGCUCUACAAACUGAUAACGGUGAAAGUACUAAAUCUUCUACAUUUAGAACUUCAUCAGUCCUUACUGCUGGUAAUCGGCCAAUAAAUCGACCCGCACCACCACUUUCAGAUCCUGAAGCUGAAGUUGAUGCUUUAACAAAUCUCUUAAUGCAAAGUAUGGAAACUCGGUCGUCUGUAUCUUCAGCUGGAGCUGGUGGGACAUCAACUUCCGGGCCAGACGGAGUCAAUUCUUCUCCAGCUGGGAGUUUACGGCGUGGGAGUGGUCUCAAUUCUCAGUUUGGACGUUUGCAACAGCACUCAGGCCUGAGUUCCGGUGCUGGAGGGACUGUGAAUGGUGGUCGAGGUAGUCCAUCGGCAACAGUGAUCACUUCUACUUCAACAACUGGGAGCUCAUCAACAAACUCUCCCACUGAAUCAGCUUCUAGUAUAUGUAAUUCUGGUGAUACUACCAGUGCAGUGACUAAUGCAACUGUUGGUCAGAACAUAUGUUUCCGAUGUCGUCGCUCACUCUUUCCUCCGGAAGGUACCACACUUAGUGGCAGUUUAAAUUCGACAAACAAUGUUGUGACUCUAACAGGCGCUUUAGGUGUAAAACUUCAUGUGGCUUGUUUUACAUGCUAUCGUUGCGCUGCUCCACUGAAGUCAGAUGCUUACUAUCACAAUCUCAGGCGUCUGUUAUGCCCAGCUUGUGUACGUGACGGGGCUGUAGAAGCAUGUUCAAAUUGUCAUAGACCCAUAGGUGACAGAGUAGUUCACGCGCUUGGGAUGCCCUAUCAUCCUAACUGCUUCGUCUGUGUAGUAUGCGCAGGUAGACUAGAUUCCCGACCUUUUACCAUUGAUGUUCAUGGUCGACUACACUGUCUAACAGAUUUUCAUAAACGCUAUGCACCAAGAUGUGCAUCAUGUGGAAGGCCGAUCGUACCAGAUGCUGGAUGUCAAGAAGCACGUCGAGUCGUCUCAGGAAACUCAAACUAUCAUUUAGAAUGUUUCGGAGUUCAAACACUACCUCAAAGCUUAAAUCUAAAGUCACCUGCGUUUAAAGUUAGUGGUAGUACUGCCAGUUAG